CCGUAUGUUAUGGUUCAACAAUGUAACGACACAGCUAUUCCACCGCAAAUUUGCUAAGCUCCGAUGAAUUUCAAAAAGUCUCUAAUGUCGCGCGUAGUUCUCCCGGACGACAUCAUUGCCCGAAUCCUAUCAUUCCUUCCGGUGAGAUCUCUUCUUCAACUCAGGUGCGUCUGCAAGUCAUGGAAAACCCUAAUCUCUCAACCCACAUUCAUCAAACUACACCUUCAUCAAUCUGCAAAAACCCCUCAAAUCGCACUCAUAUCAAACUCAUUCAAUGGUUUCAAAAUAAUGCCUUUCCCAAUACAUCGUUUAGUCGACAACACCUCCUCCAUCACCCUCCCUCACAAAAUUCCCUUCCGAUUGGAUGACGUUGAUUGCUAUCGUCUUGUUGGUUCUUUCAACGGAUUACUCUGCAUACUGGCAAAAAUUUUCUGUCAUAGGUUUGAUGAGAUUGUUCUUUAUUUAUGGAACCCAGCAACCAGGAAAUUAUCUAACAAAAUAGUUUUUCUUCAUGAUUAUAACCCUAAGUUGUACAAAGAUCCAUUUAGAUCAUGGAAAUUCUCGUUUGGAUAUGAUAAUUCAACUGACACAUAUAAGAUUGUUGCGUCGAGUGAAAUGGGAAGAGAGGUGAAACUUUUUAGUUUCGGUACUGAUGAUGUUUGGAGAAACAUUCAAAGUUUCCCUUUGGUUCAUCGCGAGUACGGUGUAUAUAGUGAACUGGGUGUUAGUAACAGUGUUCAUGUUAGUGGCAGUCUUAAUUGGCUGGCAAUUCGAAAUGAGUCUCGUUAUGAUUUAUAUGAUUGCAGAGUUAUUCCAAUUGACCAAUUUGUGAUUGUUUCACUUGAUUUGAAGAUGGAGACAUAUCGUCAGUUGCGAAUCCUUCGUGGUUUUGAUGAAGCACCACUGCUUGAGCCAAUUCUUGUUGUGUUGAUGGACUGUCUUUGUUUUUGUCAUGAUUUGCAUGGAACUGAUCUGGUUAUAUGGCGGAUGAAAAAAUUUGGAGUUGAAGAGUCUUGGACUCAGUUUAUCAAAGUUAGUUACCAGAGUUUUUCAUAUGAUUUUCCAAAAUUGAUCUUGUUCCCGUUGUGUCUUUCCCCGAAUGACGAGACAUUGAUUUUAGGAUGGAAUGGUGGAGAUAAGCAUGCCAUUCUUCUUAAUUUGAGAGAUGAUAGAGCUGAGAAAACUACGAUUACCAAUAAAGUUGAGUGGUUUAGGUCCAAAGUUUAUGUUGAAAGCUUGGUUUCAACUAGUUGAAAGUCUGAAAUCUCAUGUUUUUAUAGAGACUAUCAUGUGUGAAGAUUUUUUCAUGCCAACUUUGACGACCUUUGUUACAUUGUCGAUAAUCUAGAAGGUGAAAAAUUGACAAAACCAUAGCAAUUUUUCUAAUUAUGUCAUUUGGUCUGCAUUGUCUACAACACGGGUGAGUUGGAUAUGGCUACAUCAGACAAUUAUGAGUUGCAUUUUCUAUUUACAAAAUUAUCUUUGGAUUUAAGAAUCUUCUUCCUCUGUCGCUUUAGGCUAUAUUUGGGAGUUUGGAGGGGAAGGGAGGGGAGGGCUUUGGAAAAUAGGAGGAAUUGGGUGAAAAGGAUAAAUAGAUUUUGGGUAGGAGGGUUUUGGAGGGUUUGAGUUUAUUCAUAACACCAAAAACCCCAUAAAAUGAGGAACUCAAAAAUUGUAUUGAAGGAGGGUUUUGGAGGGUUUUGAAAGGCUUACAUAAAUUUUCGA